GUCAGACAAUAGGCCAACCAGCCUACACCGAAUCACGACUACACCGCACCAUCUUACAUACCUAGGUAGGUAGAUACCUACCACCUAUUUACCCUACCAUCCUAAGGAGGUACCUUCCACAUACUUACUGCUUUUGCCCCCCCACCACCUAGGGAGGUAUAUUGCCUUACACCAUUUUCUACUUACCUUAUCUAUUAAUUAGGCAGCGCAAUGUGGCUUGUGAGUUUACAUGCAACGACGGUAAGACAAGUACACCCAUCCCUGUUUGCGCGGUAGCGCUUGCAUGUCAUUCAACUGAAUGAAUGACUUGACAACCUGGCCAGACUGGGAUUCCUCGGCGAUUCCGGAUCUGAGAUAAACAUUGGGAGUUCAUUCGACUCAGCGACAAAAACCUCACCCACGCUGGCCCCUGCAAUACGAUACGUAGUGCGGGUCAAAGAACCGAAUCAGGUCAAUUGACCGACCCGAGCAUUCUCAUGAUUAGGAUCGAUCAUUCGCCUGGACGCGUGCCACCCCCGAUGGGCAGCGCAUACAAAUAUACCGUCCUCGCCGGUAACACUGGGGAGGCAGAAUCCCAGACAUCAGCGCGAAGAAAAUCAUUUGGAAAAUCGCCUAGGACGUGGUGCCUACGAUUCGUUGUCACAAUGUUCACCCUGGUGCUUCUGUUUCAACUCUGGUCUGCUUUGAUCCGAGCAACGCAUGCUGUUGAACCCGGUUCCCAAGGAGACUGCGACACGCCAGACGGUGGAUUCCAGUGCAACAGCUCAAUAUCUCACAACUGGGGCCAGUACUCGCCAUUCUUCUUAGCUCCGUCCGAGAUUGACGCCUCUGUUCCGUCAGGAUGUGAGGUCACCUUUGCCCAAAUCCUUUCACGGCAUGGCGCUCGGGAUCCAACCGCCAGCGCAACUGCGGCGUACGGGGAAACAAUCGAACAGAUCCAGUCGUCGGUAACCAACUACGGCGAGGGCUUCGAGUUUAUCAAGGAUUACCAGUACACCCUCGGCGCAGAUCAGCUGUCCGACUUUGGGCGCCAAGAAAUGUUCAAUUCCGGGGUGCAUUUUUAUAAUCGGUAUCAGAUCUUGGCGCGGAACAACACACCCUUCUUCCGUUCCGAUGGCCAACAGCGCGUGGUCGAGAGCGGCCAGAAGUGGACAGAGGGAUUUCACCAAGCUCUUCUGGGCGACAGCGGUAGGGCUGGUGGCCCCGCAGACGAGUUUCCUUAUAAGAUGGUUAUCAUCCCCAACGAGGACGGCACCAACAACACGCUAAACCAUAACCUAUGUACUGCCUUUGAGAACACCAAACUCGGCAAGGAAGCCCAAAAGGAGUUUAUGGAGAGUGCCAUGGGCGGCAUAACAGAGCGCUUGAACAACGGCCUGGAGGGUGCAAACCUCACGACCAAGCAAGCGGUGCAGAUCAUGGAGCUCUGCCCGUUUGAGACCGUGGCAGAUCCCCAAGCCACCCUGUCGCAGUUCUGCACGCUGUUUACGCAACGAGACUGGGAGGCAUAUGACUAUCUCCAGACACUGGGGAAGUGGUAUGGUUACGGCAAUGGCAACCCCCUGGGCUCCACGCAAGGGGUGGGCUUCGUCAACGAGCUCAUCGCGAGGCUGCUCCAAAAGCCCGUUGAAGACCACACAAAUACCAACUCGACGCUCGACAGCGACCCAUCGACGUUCCCACUAGACAAAAAGCUGUACGCCGACUUUAGCCAUGAUAACGAUAUGCUGGGCAUCUACGCCGCGCUGGGGAUUUACAACGCCACGGCCCCCGAUUCGGUCCCCAAAAAGGAGAGAAGGAGCGCGCAGGAGCUCAGCGGGUUCUCGUCCAGCUGGGCGGUACCGUUCGCAGCGAGGAUGUUUGUUGAAAAAAUGACUUGCGCAGGGCAGAACGAGGAGCUUGUGAGAAUCCUGGUCAACGACAGGGUGACGCCGCUGCAGAACUGCGAUGCCGACAGUAUGGGUCGUUGCACGCUGAGCAAGUUCGUUGAGAGCUUAAGCUUUGCGAGGAGUGGAGGUCGCUGGGAUCAAUGUUUUGUCUGAGAUAGGUAUCAAAUGCUACAGCUAGUGCAUACUUGGGCAAUGGGGAAUCGUGAGCACUAGUUCUAGUUAAUCCGUCCUCCUUCAAAAAUUAGACCAUAUAUUUGGUAACGAUAUUCAAAACUCUAGCUUGUCGUCGUGUUUGGUAAGCACCAAAGUACCUAGCCAACAGG